AUGCCGAAUAGUAAUGCAUAUGGCUGUGUGAAAGAGAUUUUCCAUCUUAAGAAGCAAAACCCACAUUUCAAAGUUUUGCUCUCUAUUGGGGGCUGGACGUUGAGUUCAACCUUUCCUGCUGUGGCCAGUACGUCUGUGACACGGAAGAAAUUUGCCAGCUCAGCGGUCGAACUGAUGAAAGAUUGGGGAUUUGAUGGAAUUGAUGUUGACUGGGAAUACCCUGCUGGAGAAGAUGAGGCAAACAAUUUCCUGUUGCUUCUUCAAGCAGUUCGAGAAGAGUUGGAUUUCUACGCCAGGAAACAUGCCCGGAAUCAUCAUUUUGAACUCUCGAUUGCGGCACCAGCUGGUCCAGAUCAUUAUCGCAUUUUGCGCCUCUCUGACAUUGGCAACGUAGUUGACCACAUAAAUCUCAUGGCUUAUGACUAUGCUGGAAGUUUCAGUGCUACUACUGGACACACUGCCAACCUCUAUACCAACGACGCAGUUCCGGGUUCAACACCGUUCAGUUCGGACACAGCCAUCAAAGCAUACUUGGCUGCUGGCGUCCCAUCUCGCAAGUUAGUGCUGGGUAUUCCAUUAUAUGGUAGAUCUUUUGAAAACACCGAUGGCCUCGGUCAAAAGUUCACUACCAGUGAGGAAGGUAGCUGGGAAAAAGGUACAUGGGGUUAUAAAGAGCUGCCGAGGAGUCCUAGUGCUAAGAUGUUCUGCGAUCAAAAGGCUGAAGGGCAGUAUGUUCUGGGAAGCCUCGGGUGA